GGGAGAAAGUGAGGCGGGGGGCCGCGGAAGUGCGGUGAAGCGGCGGCGGCGGGGUCGAGCGGGGCAGGCUUCCCCGUCGCCCGCCCCUCGGCCCGGGCGCCCUGGGGCGGCGAGAGCAGCAUGGCCGCCAGCCUGUGGAUGGGAGACCUGGAGCCCUAUAUGGAUGAGAACUUCAUUUCAAGAGCUUUUGCUACUAUGGGACAACUAGUCCUGAGUGUGAAGAUAAUUCGGAAUAGAUUGACAGGGAUUCCAGCAGGCUAUUGCUUUGUAGAAUUUGCUGAUCUGGCCACAGCAGAAAAAUGUUUACAUAAAAUCAACGGGAAGCCCCUUCCUGGUGCCACCCCUGUAAAAAAAUUUAAUCUAAAUCAUAUGUUUUUUAGGAAACAAUCAGACAAGAGCCCAGAAUAUUCCCUGUUCGUUGGGGAUCUUUCCCCUGAUGUAGAUGACGGGAUGAUAUAUGAAUUUUUUGUAAAAGUAUACCCAUCAUGUCGGGGUGGAAAAGUGGUCGUGGAUCAGACGGGUGUUUCCAAAGGCUAUGGUUUUGUGAAAUUCUCAGAUGAACUGGAGCAAAAAAGAGCACUGGUAGAGUGCCAGGGAGCUGUCGGCCUUGGUUCUAAGCCAAUACGCUUGAGCGUUGCCAUACCAAAAGCUAAUCGGUUGAAGAUGGUGGAGUACAAUCAGAUGUACAACUAUAACUAUAGCCAGUACUACCAACAAUAUCAGAACUACUAUGCCCAUUGGGGAUAUGAUCAAAACACCGGCAGUUACAGCUACAGCUACCCACAAUAUUGCUACACACAGAACACCAUGCAGACAUAUGAAGAAGUGGGUGAAGAUGCAUUAGAAGAUCCGAUGCCCCAGACGGAUGUGAGUGAAGCCAACAAGCAGUUUAUGGAGCAGAGUGAAGAACUCUAUGAUGCCUUGAUAGAAUGCCAUUGGCAGCCUUUGGAUAGCGUGUCUUCGGAGCUCCAAGCUGCAUAAUUGCCCAUGUUGCUGAUAAUGCUCCCUCCGAGCCGUGUGCCAGCGGGCCUUGGAUCCCUGCCAAAGCGCAUGGAAGUUGCAGCUGCAAACGGACUCGUCCCUCUCUCUCCACCAGAUUCUCAAGUCAAGGAUGCAGAGGACAGCUUUGGGUUCUUCCUGCACUCGUGGAGCAGCAGACAGUAGCAGAGGAGAAUUGUGGUCACAUUUAUUUGAGAUGAAAUUAGAACUCGGGGACUUAGUUUUA